GGGUUUAAUUAAUUUGUGUCAAUUGUUGGGACAGAGAGGUCGCAAAAAAUUAGCAUUUUUUCGAGAUGAACCCGUACGUUCAAGUUGUGAACACGUGCCUCCUGGGGGAAGCUCCGCAUUGGAGUGAGAGGACGCAAUCACUGUACUACGUCGACACGGAAGGGACUGCGGUUCAUCGGUACGAUCCAGUGACCAGGGACCACACAAAGGCCACGAUUGCGGGACUUGGGAGCGUGUCCUUAAUCGUGCCUGUGGCGGGGGAAGUUGAUAAAUAUGUGAUAACGACCGGGCGGGAGUUACAAGUGCUGGAAUGGGACGGAAAAGACGAUCGUCCUUUGUCCCUCGAGCCAAUUUUAUCCGUUGAUGAACCGUUUCCCAACAAUUCGUUUAAUGAUGGAAAAUGUGACGCAAUGGGGCGCCUCUGGGCUGGGUCCGUGAAUCCGUUUGCACUUCCGAACGCUUCGCUGUACAAGGUUGACCACGGAAUUGGGACCACGAUGGAGUCGGAUAUUCGCAUUUCGAACGGAAUAGCGUGGUCAAACGAUAACACGUUGAUGUUCUACAUCGACACCGCCACAAGGAGGGUGGACGUCUUCGACUUUGACGAAACGGAUGGAACAAUAAGCAAUCGAAGGACCGUUUACAACUUUAACACAGUUGGAGAGCUCGGAAGUCCGGACGGUAUGACGACUGAUGUCAAUGGACACUUGUAUGUGGCGUGUUUCGGAGGAUCUCAGGUGAUCAAAAUUGAUCCCGAGCAAGGAACGAAAAUCGGAUCAAUUAGAUUUCCCACGUUUAACAUUACCUCGGUAAUGUUCGGUGGGGCGAAUCUGGACACAUUGUUCGUAACGUCGGCCCAAUCCGGGCUAAGUCAGCCGAUUUUGGUGAGUCAGCCCAUGGCCGGAGCGACAUUUCAAGUUACCAAUCUUUCUGCUCGAGGUCAUAGCGCGAACGAGUAUAAUUUGUAAAUUUAAUUAAUUUAAUAACUAUUUCAGUUGUAUUUGUUGCCAAAUAAAGCGGUAAAUUUUGAUUUAUAUGCAA